AUGACUGAGGUCGUGCCCGCCGACCGCACGCAGCUUCUGCAAUCAAAGCGGGCAGAAUGCACUGCAAUUGCACGGUCGCGCAAGAGGAAGCUUCGCGCUCUCUUCGAGAUCGCCUCCAGCCCCGAUGGUCUCCCCAAACGCAGCUUCGCAGACCCCGACGCGCAACCCAUCAACUCUGCCGAGUCGCAAUUUCUUGAGGCAUGUGACAUCCUACAGGGAAGGAAGCUCAACGAGUUGAAUAUACCAACGCGCCCGAGACCACGACCUGAAUACGCCAGCCGACCGACCCCGAAUGUGACACUCGCGCCGAAUGAGAAUGCCGUCUCUAUACCGUCGAAACAAUAUGGUCAUGAAGCAUUGCGACAGAGCGUGGUGCCUCCAUCUGGAGUAUCGCGGCCACCUGUUGGAGAUGUGCAGAACAAGCUUUUUCCUCAUCCAGCUACGUCUGGAAUGCUAAAGUCGCCCCACCCAGCUUUGACUUUAGAAGCAGCUCGCAGCGCAUCUACUUUAGGAACUGAAGUCCCCAGAAGCAAUGAGCAGCCAAGCAGACUACCGCAAGGGCAAGGACCGAGGGAAAAGUUGAUGAAGGAUGAUGGGCAAGGUGCAGUUUCUCUUCCGACAGGACGUUUGCCAGCUAGUCCAAUAGGUUUGCCUAUACCUAGUCCGCCUCAGAAACUUCCAGAUAUGUCGCGCUAUGCUGCUCCUCAGCGCUCACUUCAGGCACCUCAAGAACAAGGACGGGAGGCUACUAUGUCGAUGGACAUCGAUGGGCCCUCAGUUAAAGGUUCGGAGCAGAGUGGAAGCCCGACUCACGAGCUGCCUACGGUAGACCCAGUUCGACCUAUCGACGUCCUGUCGUCGCCAGGAUCUACUGCCCAGACAGCGACAACACCGGCUGUCCUUGACGUAUCGACGAACACCAGUCCAGAUCACGAUGGGGCGCCGUUUGCAGAAGAGAAGGUUGAAGAUAAGAGCACGGAAGACAACCAAGUACCAAGGCCGCAACUGCAGGGGAUGGGUUUAGACCACGGUCCACGACCAACUGACGAGCCGGUUGUCCCAUCCGAGAGCAUCCCGCAACAGGUCGAGGCUCAACUGAUACGAGACUCAACUGGCGUGGUGCUCGUUUCGCCGCAGACAGCAUCGCCCACUAGCCAUGUCGUUUCAACAAAUCAAGAUGGGAGAACAGCAGGACUCAACCGAAUGGCUCCCCUUUCCGAUCGACCGAGUGCUCCUAUUGAGGCCACCGGUCAACGAACGGACAUGCUGAACGGCCAAGAACGAGGUGUUUCCAUGGCCGUUAGUACGCCCAAGGCCGAAUUUGACGCAGAUCGAGGCCCUCAACGAACGGUCACCGGGGCGGGCGUUCCUGGGAACCAUAUUCCCGUCAAAGAGUCCCAGGGACCGCUCUCGACUACCACCCCUUUGCUCUUGCCCACCCCAGUCAUAUCUCAAAAGCUAGGCCAUGGAAGUACAGAGGGUGUCACAGGUGUCGCCUUACAGAAACCCGUUUCCGAAAUACUGGCAGAAUGUCCAAAACCAUCACCUGCGGACCUACCAGCGUCGAGCGAUUCUAAUACUCUACACGUCAGACCUAUUACGCCAACGUCGCAGUCCUCCAAAGGCCGUAAUCGAAGCCUUGUUCAGAAAGCAAAGGCUAAAGAGAAGAGUAAAUUAUCUAGGGUGGUAUUUGGUAAACGACCUUCACGUCCCUCAGACUCUGCCAAGUCUCUUGUGCAUAACCGCUCUAAGGCUGGCCAAAGCCUGAGUGAUGACUAUUUCACGCCACUAUUCGUCAAUACCUUUGCGUUGAACUCCAAAUGGAUGAAGCCCUUGGACCACAUCCUACAUCAAGCACACAAGACGGUAUCGACACCGGAUGCUUACACACAGAUACUUGACCACCAGGCAUGCCGUGUCCUCAGGAGAGUCUACAUGCUCCAACAAGCUGACAAGUGGUCUCUGCGUCAGCCUAAACGCUGUCCUGAGCCCACGCGUCAAGCCUGUCACUGGGAUGUGUUGCUUCAGGAAAUGAAAUGGAUGAGGACCGACUUCCGCGAAGAGCGGAAGUGGAAAAUGGCGGCCGCCCGCAACCUCGCCCAUGCCUGUGCCGAGUGGAUCGCCUCUUCUGACGAAGACCGCAAGGCCCUGCAAGUGAAUGCUGUUGUGCCACCUUUGGUCGACAUCGAAGCAGCCGCGAUGACAGAGGCGCCCCUUUCUCUCGAUCCGGAUGUACAUCCCACCCCAGAUCUGAUUCCUUCGGCAGAGUCUGACUCGCCAUUGGAACCGGAUGACGAGCCAGGUGUGAAUAUCUUUAACACUGUAGCACCCUCGGCUAUCUUUGCUCUACCCGAUGAUGACAUAGUAUUCUCUCUUCAACCAUCACCUAACACGGAUCGUCUCCUUGAUGAGUUACCUAUGUAUGGGUCGCCCCUGAAAGUUCCGAAGUCUGACCUGGUUGCGCCUGAAUUCGACCCUGAUGCUUACUGGCGAAGGCCUGCUUUGCCGUUGAGCAAGUUCGUGGAGGGUGAGAUGGAGUUGACAUCGAGCGAACCGCCCCAGAAACGCAGUCGGUACCGCUACGCUCAAGAGGACGAUGAAGAUGACGAGGUGAUCUUCGGUUUUGAUGGGAGUAGUCAACCUCACGUCGGCCCACAGUCUCCCGAUGUGGCACUGUUCCGACCGGAGAACAAAAGCAUCAGAGACAGGCUACAUGCUGGUCAUCAGUUCCGACCUCCGAAUGAGCACACGAUGCCUUUCCAAACAUUCUACGAAUCACGUAGUCCUUCGCAAUGGAUACAAUCCGAGGAUGAUGAUCUGAAGAGCUUGGUCCGCGAGUACUCAUACAAUUGGUCUCUAAUAUCUAGUAUGCUGUCCACCAAGUCCGUGUUUGCAUCGGGAGCGGAGCGUCGAACACCAUGGGAAUGCUUUGAGCGGUGGGUUAUGCUUGAGGGGCUUCCUCACGACAUGCAGAAGACCCAGUACUUCAAGUUGUGGCAGAACAGGAUUGAGACAGCCCAGCAACUCAUUCGUCAACAAAACCAUGCCGCGGUUCAACAGCAGCAACAACAAGCACAGCAACAACAACAGGCAGGCGGAAAUGGCCCAGCUACUCCCAUUCCCCGACGCCGGUUAUCCAUCCCUUUGAAGGUAGACAGACGGCGGAAUCAAAAGCACUUGACGAUGAUAGACGCUAUGAGAAAACUGGCAAAGAAACGAGAGACGGCAGUGCAGAAGCAACAACAUGCGGCCCAUCUUGCUGCAAUGAGGAAGGUGCCCGAGGCCCCCCAGCCUAAGGCGCCGACCAAGACUCCCGGGGAGUACAGCAUCAUGCGUUGGGAGCGUGAUCAAGCCAUGGCUGAGAGACUGGCGGAGAGGAUGGCCCAACAACAGCGCCAUGAGGCACAGCGCAGGGUACGAGCUGCUGCCAAUACUGCCCAGAAUAGUGUUAACCUCCACCCGCAGGCUGCACUACAAAGAGCCCAGCAAGGCCAAAUCGCUCAAAUGGCAGCAGCACAAAAUGCCAGUCAACUCUCGCAGACGGCUCCUCAGAUGGCCGCCUCACACCCGCAGAACAAUGUGGCCCGCGCCAACGCCCCGAACCAAAUCACAGCCAACAGCCAGGCCCGGCCACGCAUGCCCGUGCAAACGACGCCCAACGGCACGGGGACCCAGAACCACAUGGCUCAGACCCAGGUGGCUGGCAACCUUGUACCACCCAUGCAGAUGAACGGGACUCCGCACGUCCAGAUGUCGGUCGCCAAUGGACAGUCGCGCAUGGCCAUGCCGAACGCCUCUCAGAAUCUCCAGAUGUUGAUGCAAGCCCAACAAAUCUCGGAGCAACAGCGUCGGUCAGUACAGCAGAUGCGACAGCACCCGCCUCAACAAGAAGCAAUGCAAGGGAACACCACCCCCAUGCAGAACUCACCUCCAGCCGCCAUGCGCGCUGCUGCUCUCAACGGGUUGAACCAGAAGAACUAUCUGAGCAACGCGCAGGCCAUGAUGUCGCCUUACAAUGGUGCGAACAGCUCGGGACUGUCAACACCUACAGCAGCUGGCUCUAACAUGGGUUCUGAGCAGUCAGCGUCCCCCCGUCCGCAUGCUAUCGUGCCCCCACAGCCACACCAGACGUAUGUUUCGCAGCUCCAGAACAUAGAGAGCCAAAUCAGGCAAACGCACCCAGACGCCCCACAGAACACGGUCCGCGAGAUUGCUAGGAAUUUGUUGCAGAACGGGCAGAACCGGCAUAACACGCUGACACAGUCUGCCAUGAAUGCUGCCGCUGGAGGUCCCGGGCAAGCGGCUGGUGCCAACGGCCCCCAUCAGUAUGCCCAGCUCCUCCGAGCACAGCAACAGCAGCAAGCACAACUGGCUCAACAAGCGCAACAGCAGGCGCAGCAACAGGCACAACAGGCACAACAAGCAGCCCAGGCUCAAGCUCAAGCUCAGCAGAAUGUACAACACCAACGAAACUCGAGUGGGAGUGCAACGCCGACUCCAUCGAUGCCAAAAUAA